ACGUGACAGUCACAUGCCAGUCGCCAGGAAGAGGUAUUAUACGUGUACUCAAAAAAUGGCGUCGGCGUUGACGAGGCGCAGUUGGGGUGGAGCUGCUAGGACCCGCGUCUUCCUACUAUCAAGGUGUUCUUCAAUGGAUACUAAAUCAGUGGUGACCACCCCAAAGGAUGAGAAUAAGAGUGUGGAAGAAGUGAAACCCACGGAUUUGACAUCUGUCAGCACCCUGAGUGGGAUUCCUGAAAAGCAACUGAACAGGAUAGCAAGAAUAUAUGUUCCGGCAAAGAACGCUAUGCAGUCGGGUAACUGGAACACCAGGGAGUGGAGAUUGGAGUUUGACACUCAGGAGAGAUGGGAGAACCCACUAAUAGGCUGGACCUCAAGGUUCUUCCAGUGAUGUAAAUGUAGGGGUAGGGAACUCAUUAUAAAGUAGACACUUAUGGUAGAGUCAUGAUUCAGCAAGUGCAUAUCACCUAAAAAGGAAAAACAGCUCUCCUUGGUGGGACUCGAACCCACGACACUGCAGUCUAGGCAGAGUGUUCUACCAACUGAGCUACCAGGGCAGCGAAGAGCAGCAAUUGAAAGAAGAGCGUGUGUAUGUUAUACUAGCAUAGAUAAUAAAGUGGAGGAACGGGAUUGGAAACGGCUCACAUGCACCCUUAGAGCUAUGUACAUGCUGCAUUGCGCGUGCGGAAAUACUCCGCGUUGGGAUUUUUGACACGUUUUUGUCGCAAAACGGGCCGCGUAGAUGAACAACUGGAGAGUGCCGCUAGUGACUAGUUUGGAGUGCACAGCCGUCAUUCUCUGCAUUCAUCAGCCUAUUUGCCCACUAUAGGUUCGUCAGAGGUCUAAUGUAACACAGCUGCGCCUUUUUUAAGCUGCACCUUUUUUAAGCUUUCUGUAUGGUUUUUGUCCGCCUGGUGUGAUGAUGCUCUUUUCUCAGCUCCUAGUAGGAAAAGGGGGUGAGAAAUAGCUGUAGAAGUACAUAACAGCUUCAAAUUCUUAACAGGCUGAAGUUUAGCAUGGUGCUUAGAUUACUGACCCUUCUGUCACUGUAAUGCGGUUUUGCACAUGCAGUCUGUGGGAUUUAGCCUUAAGAGGUUGUAGAUUUGUCAGCCCAAAUCUCUUCCAUCACACUCCCUACAAUUCAGCACUAUGAUACUAUCUGCUCUCAGAAAGCUCGUGUUUUGCAUGGUUUUUUGUUAUAGAGUCAUCAGAGCUUACGUUGGUUUAUCUAUGUGGAUAUGUAUCGCCGGUGCACGGUCUGGCACUAGUAUGUAGUAUGGUAGUGGUGUGUAAUUAACCCUCGGCGCGCAUGCGCAGCGAGGGUUACUGUAGUUGGUUUGUCUGUGUGUGUGUGUGUGUGUCGCCGCUUAUUCUGGCACUACAGGCUACGAGGCGGCCCA